CGCCGCCGCCGCCUGUCUCUCCGCCCGCCGCUCCGCCCGGUCCGGGCUGUCCCGGUGCGUCCUCUCCGCCAGUUCGGGACGGGAUCGAGCGCCCGCUUUUUUUUUUCUUUUCUUUUUUUUUUUUUUUCAUGAAUGAAUAACGGGAGCGGAGAGGAGAAGAAUAGCAUGCCUGUGAGAGUCCCCUGCAGCCGCGCUCCCGGGGGGCCAGCCGCCGAUGAGAGGGAUUAACGACGGAGCGGAGCCGCGGCUCAUUGCGGAAAAGCGAGCCUUGCUGCAGACUGGCGUGCGCGAGACGCAGCGUGGAGAGACGGGCUCCACAGCGGCGCACAGCAGCGGAAUAAACACCGCCGCGACCACAAUGUCCAUCCACAUCGUGGCUCUGGGGAGUGAGUGUCCCGGAGGAGUGGGGACCGGGGAGGAGAUCCUGGGCCAGGGGCAGCUGCAGGGGGGCUUGCUGUGGAGUUACCUGGGUCAUGGAGCGCUGGUGGGACCCUGCGACCUGGAGAGCAGCCUGCACAACCCGGCCUUCAUGGAGUACACCUCACGGGUGUUCGGGGACGUCACUGUGGUGGUCCGGGAUUGUCCCAGCUGGGACCUGUUGGACAGCGAUUGGUCCAGCGUACGGAAGGUUCUUGAGCAGGCGGACAUCCUGGUCAUUAAGUAUUCAGUCACCGACAAGCUGGCCUUCCAGCAGGUCAGGAAUGGCUAUGCCCCGAGACUCCGCCCACUCCUGAGGCACUGGGGUGUACCUGUCAUCCUUGUUGCUGUUGGUGCACGGCUGAAUGAUGAGGGGCCUCCGUGCACGUGCCCGUUGUGUGCGUCGGACUGGAGCAGCUGUGUGCCUCACAGUGAAGGUCUGCAGCUGUCCCGGGACCUGGGGGCCACCUAUCUGGAGCUGCCCUCGCUCAACCACGUCUUUGUGGGCCGCUACUUUGGCAGCGUGCUGGAGUACUUCAUGAUUCAGUGUCUGAAGCACAAAGCCAAAGAGAGGCCAGAGAAGAGGCGUGGGAAUAAAGUGAAUGAGCUUCGUCCUCCUCACUUAGAACAACCAGCUCGUCUUCCCCCGAUCCGAGUGGAGGAGUCCAGCUUCUCCCAGGACAUGCAGUGGCUGCUGGAGCGUGGCGUGCAGUUCGCCGAUGUGGCUUUCUACGCCGGGGAUUCUGGAAAAGAGCUGGGGUGGGCCCACGCCGCCGUGCUUUGUGCCGUCAGCCCGUAUUUCAGACAGCUGCUCCUGGGGCCCAAGACCAGGGAGCGUCCGCAGUCACGAUGCGUGUGCAGGGACCGAGACGGCGCCCCUCAUUCACUGCUCUCCACCUGGGAUGGCGGCAUCAUUGAUGACAUGCCAAGAUCAGAAGGACACCUGACAGGACGCCUCACCCGUCUGGUGGUGAAGGACCCCCUCCUGUGCAUGUGCCUGUGGGAGACGCUCAUGUUUAUUUACAGAGGAGCGUGGGAGUGGGAUCACCUACAGGAGGCCCUGGAAGAGAAGCUGAAGAAUUCGCUGGCCGUGGCUCAGCUUAUGGAGCGCAUACGAACUCUCAUCGGCAGAGACAAGGGCCCCAGAGACACGCCGAGUGCACGUGCCGCUCAGCUCUGCCCUCAGACUCUUGUGAACCUCUUCAAUUCUCCUCUUUACUCUGAUGUCAUCUUCAUGGUGCAAGGGAGCGUGCUGCCGGCCCACCGGGCGGUGCUGGUGGCCCGCUGCGACGUCAUGGCGGCCAUGUUCAGCGGGAAGUACGCAGAGGCCCGGAGUCGAGUGGUGCCCAUCCACGGCGUCUCCUCGGACACCUUCCUGUCCUUCCUGGAGUACCUCUACACGGACUCCUGCUGUCCUGCCAGUGUGCUGCAGGCCAUGGCCGUGCUGGUGUGUGCUGAGAUGUACCAGGUGAAACGGCUGCAGCACCUGUGUGAGGUGUGUGUGUGCGCCUACCUUCAGAGCAUGCCCAGCAGGGAGCUGGCGUCCACCGGCAUCAGCGUGGUUCGACUACUCCGCAGGGCAAAGUGCCACAAUGCAGAGCAGCUGUACGUCUGGCUCCUCCACUUCAUCGCCAACAACUACCUGAUCUUCAGUCAUAAACCAGACUUCCUGGAGCUGUCAGAUGAGGAACGCGAGCAGGUGGAGAGGCUACGCUGGCCGUCCAGAGGCUACCUGCAGGAGCUGAGCGAGUACCAGCAGCGGCGGCGCAAGCUCCGCAAGUCCCGCUGCAUAGUCAUGUGACCACAUCUGGACGCCAAAUCCCUGCAGAAGAUGGAGAAAGAGAAGAGGAAGGAGUCCAAGGAGAGAAAGAAGACAAAGGAGGGCGGUCACCCUCAUGUGAGACAUAGGAAAAAUAUCUUUUUCUAUUUAUCCUGCAGGCUGAAAAGCCGCCUCUGAGAAGCUCCUGAACGAAUGGGCCCGUGUCAGCGACACGUCUCCUGCAGGGAUUGACUGGCGCGUCCUUUUUUCCAUAAUGACUAUUCCAUCAUGGGCAAUACAAAAUGAACAACCCUUAAAAACUCAGUCUGAUUUUAAAACGGCUGUUCAGCAAAUGACCAGAGGCUCUGUGAAAGAUCCGGCCUCUAAACGGCCGGACGGAGACGGAAGGCGAAAACGGACCCAUCGUGACGACGCGGAUCUGUUGGGGGAACAAACCAGCACGGCGUGAGGACUGUUGCAGGCUGCAAUGUGACUUCAGGUGGAAGAAGCAGGAUAAACUACAGCACUGAAGGCCUUUCUUCUCCACUCGACUCCUGACAAGGUCUGUGUACGCUCCGCACGCCGGACACAGGACUGAUUAAACCCACGCCGGCUCAUCUGUGUCUCAUUGGCUCUAAAGAUUGUGAACAUGUGGACACACAGCAAAGUUACUCAUACCCACACGAAAUUCUGAUUUGCAGACUUUUUUGGGGGUUCAGCAGAAUGUUUUCAUCUGGCUGGAAAUGACAUAAACAUGUUACAACUCCUGUGAAUACACAGUGGUGAUCUAGCAAUUCAAAUAAUGGUGAACGCUAAAGACAAAGACGAGGACCCCGCAAAAGCUGGGAGAAAAAAAUGCAAGUGAGCCUGGAUAGAUAAAAUAAACUGGAUCACUGCACUGAUGUGAGGACCUAAAGUCAGGGGUGGUAAUCAGAUUACUAAGGGACAAUUCAGGUGAUCUUCUUGAUCGAUUUGGUAUUGAGGCGGCCGGUGCAAGAGAGACUUACAUUUGGUCCGACUGAAAGGGAGUCUGGUCAAAGUACGGACAAUUUAUGGAAGUGUAAAUACCACCACAAGUGGAUUAAACAACUGGACAGAGACCAGUUCUCGAGUACAUACAUGAACACACUCUGCAGUUCAGUUUAGUAAUGAGAGCUGUGAGCGGACCGAACGCAGAGCGCGAAGGACUUUAUAAGUGCGGUAACUCCAAAGUUCAUCACAACUCAAAUGAAUAAUGUUGCAUUUCCUUGUUUUACAGGCUUUUGAUGAGUUUCAUUUAAAAAUCCCACCCACAUAAAGCGUUUUGCUUGAAUUUCACAUUUUGUUUACAUCUUUUGAUCUACUCCAUCAAUAAUGCCAGUAUGAAGCAAAUAUUAAAACAUGAUCAGAAGGAUUUUUUUAUUUUAUUUUAAGAGGUGGUCUUCAUUGAAAAAAUAUAUCGCACACAUUUCUGGUGCAUUUGUCACAUGUUUAUGUCAUGAUGCCCCGGACUGAAAAAAAAAGAAAAAAAUCACUACAAAUCAAAAUUUGGCAUGUGUAUGGAUAAACUGUAUCUAACCUCUCAGUAGCUCAAACAUUUCAGCAACGUGAUCAUAUCGCCCAGAAAAAAAAAGAAAAGAAAAAAGAUAAACGGCACCUGAUAACAGAGUCCAGACCACCGGCAUACCCAUUCUCAUCUGUAAUAUAUCAGACAGUUUAGCAUAUGAGCAGGACCAAUUUCAUUAAAAUUCUUUUAUUAGAUUCUUCCACAUUUAUAAUGCAACAUCUGUGAGGAUCUUGGCGCCCGGCUGAUUUUUGUCACCGCGCAGGGUGGACUACAUUUUGGUCGCGGCCGGUGUCAAACGAGGUCGUAUCGCGCUCGAAGAAGAGACAUCAUGACUAACAAUGAAAGCCUCAAUAAAACUUCAAGCCCGUAUCAAGAUCAAGCGUUCUGCACAUGGAAUCCAGAGGAAGAAUCAGAAAAGCUCCCUCUGUGGGUUAACAUGGAGUCAUGCAGAAAGAGUCGUGGGUUUGCAAUAAGGCUUUCAGAGUGUGUGUGUGUGUGUGUGUCGGAGUGGACACAAUUAUUUAUUUCCUAUUCUUUUUGGGUUUUUUUGAGAGGUUAUUUUCAAUCAUAAUGAGAUUAUGAUUUAUUGGUGCUGCAAUUAUUUUUGUAAACUAUGAUGUAUGUGAACAUUUAUUUUGGGUUUUUUUUUAUUUACAUUGAGAAAACAGGGUUGCACUACUUUACAGUCUAAUGUUUCACUGCUAUUUACUCAAAAGAAAUUCUCCGUUACAAAUAACAGUCAGCCUAAUUUGUACGAUCA